AUAACAGAUGAUAUAUGGCGUAACAAAGAUAAGACAUUUUACGAAAGUAUGGAAGCUACAUUUCUUUUUAAAAUUUCGUCAUCAUUAUGCAUUAUUAAUUGAUUAUCACUGAGUUAACCGUUGUGUGUCUGUUGACAUAAUUGUGAAGCUAGAGAACUAACAGUGGGGUGGGUGGCCUAAUUGUCAUUUAGUUUUAUUCUCUACAUAGUUUGACUUCCUGUGUCAAAGUUGCAACAGUCUAAUGGCAUUGGUAACUUAUCAACUAAAACCUUCCCCUCAAUAUUUGUACGCUUGCGUCAUUAUAUAAGAAACUGUUAUUGUCGAGAUAUCCAAUAAAAGUCCAAAAUGUUUUUUUGUUUUCUUAUCCAUCAAAAAACUGACAACAGUCGCAAAUAGUAUCUAGUGACAUUGAUGUAAGAAUUUAUUGACAGAAUACAGCAAGUAAUUUGUGAAGAAUCUUAGAAGACUAAAGAAUGGUGUUGUGAAGAUGAGAUGUGACUAUAUAUAACCUUGAUCAAAUUGCUGUGAAGUUAAUAUAAGGAGUUUAUACCUGAGACUUUUUACACAAAGCUACAAAACUCCAUUAAUUUAUGUGUAAUGCUUUUGAUGUAUGGAUAUAUAUUUGAAGCUUAUAUGGAUCAGCUGUUAUUUAUUUCAAGUUAUGCAAUUGCGCCUUUGAUAUCUGUCAAAAUAGCCUUUUUAAUGUAACUUAGCUUUAAGAAACUACCAUGAAAGAGUUAUUUUUGUUUUCCUAUACAAACUUUGUUAAAUGUUUCUAUUUCAUUUAAGAAGAAAUAGCUUCAAUAUUUCACUGGGAAAUUCUAUGGAAUUUGUUUCUUAUUUUUUUUAGACAUUGCAAAAUAAGAAUUAUCAUUGUAUUUUUAGUACAUUAGAACAAAUAAUGGAAGAGAGAUUGUGUGAGAGUCAGGACUAUGGAGAGACGCCGCUUGAAACUAGUGAUUUAUCUCAUCAGAUACAAGUAGAUACAGAAAAGUCAUAUACCUGUAACACCUUUGGAGAGACUUUCAUCAAAAGUAGUGGCAUCAUUGAACAUAAAUUACAUCACACAAUUUCAAAACUCUACCUUUGUGAUGUUUGUGGAAAAAGAUUCACUACAAACAGUUCUUUAUCUUUACAUAAACGUACUCAUACAGGUGAGAAACCAUACAAUUGUAAUAUUUGUGGUAAAACAUUCUCUUAUAGUGGUAUACUAACAUGCCAUAAACGAAUUCAUACAGGUGAGAAACCAUACCAUUGUGACAAAUGUGGAAAAACAUUUGCUCGAAAUGAUCAUUUAACCAUUCACAAACGUGUUCAUGCUGAUGAGAAACCAUACCAUUGUGAUAUCUGUGGAAAAACAUUUUCUCAUGAUAGUCACUUAACUAUUCACAAGCAUGCACACACUAGUGAAAAACCAUACAAUUGUGACAUCUGUGGUAAAACAUUUCCUUACAGGGGUAAAUUGACAAGCCACAAACGUAUCCAUAGCGGUGAGAAACCAUACCAUUGUGAUACUUGUGGUAAAACAUUUUCGCACAAUGGUGAUUUGACUGUUCACAAACGAGUUCACACAGGUGAAAAACCAUACCAUUGUGAUGUCUGUGAUGAAACGUUUUAUCGGAGUAGUAAAUUAACUGUUCACAAACGUGUUCACACAGGAGAUAAACCAUAUCACUGUGAUAUCUGUGGUAAAACAUUCUCUGACAAUAGAGAUUUAACUCGUCAUAUCCGUAUUCACACCGGGGAAAAACCAUACCACUGUGAUAUUUGUGGUAAAACAUUCUCUCAGAAUGGUAGCUUAAAUAUUCAUCAACGUGUUCACACAGGUGAGAAACCAUACCACUGUGAUAUCUGUGAUAAAACAUUCUCCCACAAUGGUAGUUUAACUGUUCACAAACGAAUCCACACAGGAGAGAAACCAUAUAGCUGUUAUAUCUGCAGUAAAACAUUCUCUGAUAAUCGAGAUUUAACUCGUCAUAUACGCAUUCACACAGGUGAAAAACCAUACAACUGUAAUAUUUGUGGUAAAACAUUCUCUCAGAAUAGUAAUUUAACUAUUCACAAACGUGCUUGUGCAAAUGACAAAUCACAUCACUGAGAUAUUUUUGGGUAAAACAGCCAUGUAUGAAACUCCAUCACUCUUUAAUCUCUUUACAAACAUUGUUACAAAAUGAUGGAUUUUUGUGUUGAUUUCAACAUAUGAGCAUCCAGUUGUUUAAUCAACUUGAUAACCUACUCAUUGAAAUGGUGCACAAAGAGACUAAGUAUUGCCAUACCUGCAUCCAUUACAAAAUAAUCCUCAAUGAGAGCACAUUAAGGUUAUUGUUGGAGAAUAUUCACUUUGGUAUUUUUUAGAAACUUUUGUUGUAAAAUAUCUUUGGAUAAGGCUGUGAUUAUCUACAACUAAUAUGUCUAUAAUAACGAGUUAAUAAUGUUAACAUGCUGUAUGUUUAUUGUUGUUUACUAAUAAUAUAAUUUAAUUGAUAAUUAUUUUAUUUAUUGUAAUCGAAAUGUUUUCCUGUUACUGUUCUCAUUUUUUGUUCCUUCGACUUAGCUGUAACCCAUUUAAAAAAAAAUUAUAUAUAAUAUAUAAUGACAACAAAUUAAAUUGAAGUUGUUGGAGUUGAUUAAAUGAGUUUAGUUUUGUAGAAACGGUUUCCUGGAUACACUUGGUUAUCCCCGGGUAUCUAUAUUCCAUGUACAUUACUACUCUGAGUUUCGAAAGAAAGGUUUCUAGUUUUAAUCUAGUCCAUAACUGGUCAAAGCUUAUUCUAAUGACCACAUCAUCUGUGGAUACUCAGAGGCUAGCACUGCUCACUUAUUAGAUGAAGUAUGUUUUACAUAUAGUGAAUGUAAAAUGAUUUUUAGGGUUGAUGUCAUUAUUAGAGGACAUCUCAAAGUAUGUUAAAUCAAUGUACAGGAGUCUUCACCAAAAUUUUUAACUUGCUUCUCACAGUGAUUAUUACAUGCUUCAAACUAGGGACUGUUGUGACAGUACUUUAGUUAUUACUUGUAUCUGUUCAACACUCAUUGUGAUCAUUACGAAGUAUCAUUGCUUAUUGUGUUAUACUGACAAAGAUAUCCUAGAGUAUCACCAAUUGGAAUGGAGUUUUCACUUGCUCUUAUAGCAAAUGAUGGUCUGU